CGGAAACCAAUUGUUGUUGGCAUGAGGUGCUUGACACCGAGGAGUAACUGUUGCCCACUUUUAACAACUCUUGGACGUUUUCACCACUAUCCACCACAACAGCCGAAAUGUUGUUCAGUCCGACGGGCGUGUCGGAGUGUUUUCGCGAGUGGGGAGAUUUAGAGAAGGACUACCAACAAAUUCAGGACACACAUCGUCUGUACAGAGUGAAGCUUGAGGAAGUCACCAAGUUGCAAAACAGCUGCACUUCCGCCAUCUCGCGUCACCGAAAGAAGCUGAAAGAGCUCUGGGCAUCACUACAACAAUGCAAAGCCAAGCACCCGGAGCAAAAGCUAAGUCCAGAGGAAGCGGACUCCGUCGCCGACAUCGAGGUGGCAAUCGCUGAGCGAGCGGUUGCUUUUUCCGAGAUGGAAGCCUUUCUACCAAAGAAGAACGGGUUAUACCUCACUCUUGUUUUAGGGAACGUCAACGUCACGCUCCUCAAUAAGCAGUCAAAAUUCGCUUACAAGGACGAAUACGAGAAAUUUAAGCUGGUCCUCACUGUCAUCGUCUUCCUCUUCUCCUUCACUUGUCGCUUUUUAUUCAGCUACAGAGCCUUAGACGCCCUUUUCAACUUCCUCCUAGUGUGGUACUACUGCACGCUCACCAUCCGUGAGAGCAUCCUCAUCAACAACGGCUCAAGGAUCCGAGGAUGGUGGGUGUUCCAUCACUACGUGUCAACCUUCCUGUCUGGAGUCAUGCUCACGUGGCCUGAGGGAACUCUGUAUCAAAUGUUUAGAAACCAGUUCCUCUCAUACUGCUUGUACCAAAGUUUUGUCCAGUUUUUGCAGUAUUACUACCAGAGCGGCUGCUUGUACAGACUGCGAGCCCUCGGAGAAGGACACAACAUGGACCUCACUGUUGAGGGUUUCCAGUCGUGGAUGUGGAGGGGGCUGACUUUCCUGCUGCCGUUCUUGUUCUUUGGUCAUUUCUGGCAGCUGUACAACGGCGUCACAUUAUUCAAGAUGUUUCAGCUUCCAGAGUGCAAAGAGUGGCAGGUGGCAAUGUGCGGCUGCUCCUACAUAACUCUCUUCCUGGGCAACUUCUUCACCACGUUGGGGGUGGUGUACCACAAGUACAUGAUGAACCAAGACAAGCCCAAGUCCUUGUAGGACUUCAAUGUUUGUACCCCUUUUCCUGACCUCCAUUUUAUCGUUUCGCUUAUCCGCUCCCCUUGUGUUGUCACUCGAGUGACGCUCAUUGGUAGUGUGCUAUUGGAGAAUGUUACACAAGUGUAUUUACUGUGGAUGUGAUUUAUUUCAGUAUGACUCAGGAUACGUCACAUAGGCAUGUGCAUCUUUCUGUGAGGCAAACGUUGGUCUCGUGUAUUAUUUACCUUCAAAACGUGCUGAAUAAUAAAAAAAAAAUAAACAGCUUG